CAAUAACAACAACAAAAAUUAAUUCAAUAAUUAAAAAAAAAAUUAAUAAAAUUAAUAAAUUAAUUAAAACAUAAUAACUAUGAGAGCAUCGGAAUCAUUGCAUAGUUUUGGUAACUACCAGUGCAAAAAAUUUAGCCUACUAGCCUGGUGUAUACUAUGCCUGAUAGUUACCAUUGUGGUUAUGGUAUUGGCAAUUAAGGAUGCUAAAUCUACCUGGAGUAAAACAGAUUGCGGACCGGGUGGGUGUAAACAUACGGAAGGUCAUAAUGAGAGUGAAGAGCGCACAAUGCGUAUAGUGGCCGGUGUUGUCGGUACCAUAUUUAUCUGUAUUGAAUUGUUCGGUUUGUUCGGUGCCUGGAAAGAAAACUACUGUUGCACUAUGACCUACAUGUGCAUCAAAUGUGUAUUCAUUGUGAUAGCAUUGUUGGCCGGCAUAUUCGUUCAUCCGGUAUUCUGGGGAUCGUUUGCCGUCAAUUUAUUUGCCGCCGCCAUAGCAUUCCUCUAUCUACAGGAGAUCAGCUGGCAACAACAAUCAAAUAACCGGGCUAAUUAUGCUUGAUAAAAUAACAUUACAUCAUCACCAACAAAAUCAG